AUGAUGGACCCGCGGCAAGAGACGUGCGGAGACAUUGUGUCGACGCGUAAACGUCGGCUUGAAGAGCUAUACUACGUCUCCUUGCACCCUCGGUACCCCCAAGGUCUGGAUGCCAAACAGAAACUGAAGCAGUUCCAGGACCAGUUCGACCUGACACAAAACCGACUUUUCGACGAAAACAAAUUACCAAAGGCGGUCGAAGAGCCCAAGCCAGUGCCGACCCUUCAAACCUCGACACCUGAUGCAGGCUCUUCUCCAGAGUUGAAGCGACGACGUACGUCUAGUAUUGCGCAACUGUCACCUACAUUCUCACGCACAUCACUCAAAACAAACGAGCAGCAACUGCAGGAAAUGCUGCUGUUUCUGGUGCCCAGCAACAUCCCCGAACCCACCACAGAAACCAAGUCGCUCGCUGAGCUAUACUACACCACACAGACCCUACCACUGUCCAAGCUUAUUCCGUCGGCGCACAAAACACUUACCACAGACUCCUACCAUCUGGCGUUGCUGGAGGGCAAGCUUGCAGUAGCACAUGCUCGUAUAGAGGAGCUGAAGCGGGCAGGGAAAUGGGGCCCCAGGCAGCCAAAGCGGUUCCAGGACCCUAUCCGACGGAAAACACACUGGGACCAUGUGUUAGAUGAAAUGGAGUGGAUGUCUACGGAUUUCCGGGAGGAGAGAAAAUUCAAGCAGGCGAUGGCUUGUGAAAUUGCCUUUUCCGUGCUGGAGUACCACAAGUACGGUAAGGAAGCUUGUUGUGUGAAGACGAAGCCUAUCAAGUUCCUACCAGAGGAAAUUAACGAGUCUGAAGAUACAGAGAGCAAGAUGGACAUUGAUACAAGCAUGCCACCACCAAGUAUCAACCCUGUUGAGGUGACAAACAUCUCAGCAGCGGAUUCUGUCACUGUUGUUGACUACGAUACUCUCCUCUCACAACCCAGGACACUGUCAUCGACUGAGGAGUCUGAAGACAAGCCGGAAGAGCCUUCUACAGACAGUGAAGAGGUCGUCGGUGGGGAGGUGCCCAAGCGACCUGCUGCUCCUAAACUUCCUGAGAGCUCUCCGUUCAAGCUGUACGCCUCAGUGGACAAGCUGGACCCUCUAUCCAAGGCUCUCUUUGACAACCUCCCUGUCACUACACCUCCUGGUUCUGCCGUUAAUGCUCUACAGGUUCCCUACAGCGAUCCUCUGGACAACUCAAAACUCGCACCUGUCACGCAUCUUCUAGCGGCUCCCCCGGAGCAAGAUGAUUGGUGGUCGGUAUGUCUUGAAGACUCUCCUGCCGAUGAGGACCCUCUCCCUCUACGAUCUAACACUCGUUCUACACUGUUCAAUUCGGAGACCAUGCGCCGACAUGUCGUCAUUAAGGCGCCGCAGCCUCCACAGACCAAGUACCUCGACUUCCGAACGCCAACAAUGUGGUUAUUGGCUGAUGAUUCACAGCUUCUUCGACUGGUCAAGGAGUAUUCCUACAACUGGGACAUUGUGUCUGCCCACAUGCUGCCCCAAAAAACUUACGGCUUCACAGCUAACAUUGAGAGACGUACGUCAUGGCAGUGCUUCGAGCGUUGGUUCCAGCUCAAUCCGACGUUUUCUCUGACGGAUUUGCGUGGUCCCUACGCUCAGGCUGCCCAGCAAUGGAUGGCCGCUGCUGCCAAAGCCCAGGCUCAGUCCAAGCGUCGCAUCUCGCCUCUUGGUGUGUCGAAUGAGUCUAUCCAGAGAGGUCACCGGAAGCUGCGAUGGGCUUCCAUGUUUGACGGUAUUCGAAAGAGCAUGCGAAAACGAGAAACUACCCCCCGACCUAACCCUCAGCCGCCUCGAAAGUCGCAGCUAUCCGAGUCCAACAAGAAAGAUAUUGCUUCGCCUCUGGAUCUGUGCAAGAUGAAGUUUGAGCAGGAUAAGAAUCUCGCCAAGGCUUACGCUCAGCAGCGGAUGAUGCCUGGUCAGAUGCCUGGUCAGAUGCCCCCGGUACCUUCUAACAUUCCUGCUAACCGUCAGUUCCCCGGUCAACGACCUCCUCCUCCUCAGACCGCGGCUCAAAUUCAGGCACACACGCAGGCACAGGCUCGAGCUGCUGCUGCCGCCUCUGGACAUAUGCAGCAGCGUAUGGCUGGUGUGGGCAUGAACAGAAUGCCUGGCCAGAUGAACGACCAGCACCAGAUGAUGCAGUUUGAUCGACAGCGGCAGCUCAUGGAGCAGCAGAAGAUGCUGCAACAACAGCAGCAGCAGCAGUUUAUGCGAACCCAGGGACAGGUGCCUCCUCAGCCAGGCCAGGUGCAGGGACAGGUGAACCAGAACGUCCAGGGCGCUCAGGUGGCUGCCGGUCAGGCUGGUAUGGCUCAGAGACCGGCCGGCCAGAUACCUCAGGGCCAGAUGCCUGCUCAACAGGGACAGGUUCCUCCUGGCCAAGCUGGAAACCAGGCCCAGAUGAUGCGUCCCAACAUGCGAAUGCGACCCGGAGGUCCCCAGGCAGCUGCCCCCAACGAGCAUCUGAAUGCUCUAAUUCGCCAGUUGCAGAACCAAAACCCUGCUUUGUCUCUGGAGGCCGCCACCAAGCUGGCGCAUGUGCAGGUGCAGCGGUUUGUCCAGAAGCAGCAGCGAGUAGCUCGUCAGGCUCAGGGACAGACUCCUCCUCAGGGACAGAUGCGUCCUGGACAGCCCCAGGGACAACCCUCUCCUCAGAUGCGUUCGGGUUCUUCGACUCCCAUGAACAUGCAAUCGCCACAACUGAUGAACGUACAGCUCCAACAGCAACAGCAGCAACGGUCUGCUUCACCAGGUCAGAGCCCCGCCCAGCAGCACGCCAUGCUUAUGCGAAUGAACCAGCAGCAGCAGCAGCAGCAGCAGCAGCAGCAGAACCAGGGACAGACCCAGGGACAAAACCAAGGACAAGGUCCAUCCGAGUAA